GUUCGGUCAUCGACAAGCUCGUCUCAGAAGGCGGCUUCCAUGAUGAGCUCUCAAAAGAAUGCCCAGACUCGUGAUGCUAGCGGGCUGGCUAAUCAAGAGAAGAGAGUUGAUGAGCAAAUGCAGGCGAUGAUGGCUGACAGGAAGGAAGUCGAUGCUCGCAUUGCCGCCCUUGAGGCUAAGAAGCGAUCGUUGAAGUUGCAACUGGACAAGCUCUCGGAGGAGCUGGUGGAGGCUCAGAGGCAGCAAGUGUUGUGCAUGCAGCGCGAGGAAAGUGUCAGAAAG